UGGUUUAUAAACAAUGUGAAAUAUUUUAAGUUAGUUUUAUUCUACAUAUUCCUCAGGCAGGUAAAAAUUAUCCAGAGCAAUGUUCUUCUUCAAGCUCUCUGUUGUGAUCCUGGCAUUAACGGGAUAUGUGGCAGCCAAACCUUCACCAUUCGUUAACGGGCUGUUCAUUCCUGGAAUUGGAACUGUGUACGGAUACCUACCUGGAUACCCUCAGGGAUACCCGCAAGGAUAUCCUCAGGGAUACCCGCAAGGAUAUCCUCAGGGAUACCCCCAAGGAAACCCUGGGUAUUACCCCCAGGGAAACCCUGGUCAGUAUCCUGAAUACCCUCAAGGAUACCCUACAAAUGAUUCUCCGGGAGACACCGAAUCGUUUGACCCUUCCACGGGCCCAAGGAAUGAGUUGCCUUGGGCAAAAGGAGGAGCUACUGAAUUGGACGAUUUGAACAGGUUGAUCAAACGGAAUCAACUGAUUUACGUAGAUUAAAAAAUUUCAUUCAAGUCGUAAAUCGAACAAAGCACCCAUUGUAAUCUAUUUUUGUAAAUAUAUAAUCAUAUUUAUUGACACGUUAUUGCAUACAAUAAAAAAUUCAUCAUCAUUGAACUUCAUAAUUCAUAAUUCUGGCGACAUAUUUAAUAAUUAUUUAUUAGUAAAGUGUACA